UUCGUCAGCAGUUUCAUCGACAGCUCGGUCAGCUGACGCUCCGUCGACCUUCUCUACUGCGGUACAGACAUCAAAACACCAUCAUCCGCAAAAUAAACGUUAUUGAAUCAUGGCGAGCCAGUCACAGGGUAUCCAGCAGUUGUUGCAGGCCGAGAAACGAGCAGCAGAAAAGGUCGCAGAGGCGCGUAAAAGGAAGAAUCGCCGUCUGAAGCAGGCUAAAGAGGAGGCGCAGGCUGAGAUUGAACAGUACCGUCUGCAGAGAGAAAAGGAGUUUAAGACCAAGGAGGCUGCGGCACUUGGAUCCCAUGGAAACUCGGCUGUGGAAGUGGACAAGGAGACUGUUGAUAAAAUGAGACGCAUCCAGCAGAGUUAUCAGCAGAACAGGGAGGCUGUGCUUGCCAACCUACUGAAGAUGGUUUGCGACAUUAAGCCAGAGAUCCACGCCAAUUACCGUGUUGCUGGAUAAACACCUCUGUCAAACAACCACACCUAUUACAAUUCCUAAAUGCCCACACCGGACUGGGACAAAGACUGCCACUGGACUUAUCAUAUGUUACAAUCAUAGUACUUGAUAGAUGGCUGCAUAUACACGCUAUUUAAUAAUGCCCUUCAUAUCUGCUCACAUUUCAUGUAGUGUCCAAAGAUGUUUAUUGAUAUGUAAAUCAUGGUAUAGAAAUGCAGAUAUAUUGAUAUAAGGUUUGAGGAAGCAUUAUCUUGGUACUCUACAUACAUAAAGGUAUAUAUAUAUAUAUAUAUAUAUAUAUAUAUAUAUAUAUAUAUAUAUAUAUGUGUGUCCUUGGUUUGAUCCAGUGCAAGUCUUUGUCUCUGGUCUCUCGGUAAACAGUAGUGUUGUCCAGAUAUCAGAGUGAGUUACUUUUUUGUGAAUGAUAUCUUUAAAUGUUUGUGUGAGCGUCUGUAUCUUAAUGCUAUGCUGUUAAUUUAUAAGUAAUCAGAUGUUAUUGUUUUAUCCAAUUGAUAUAGAUCCGCCCCUAAUGGUUAUUUUGUGACAGCCCGUCACUGACAUAAAUUCUUCCCUGUGGUCUUGUUCUGUAUAUGUACAUUCCUAUAUUCGAACCUGCUGUGAAAAUGUAAUAAAUGUCUUGGUGUACAAAUAAA